AUGGCAGACGGUUUCAAGAAUGCGAUGAUCAACCGUGCCCUGGGCGACAUCAAGAACAACCUCCAAUUCCUUGUCGAAGCCAACGUGAUCACCGCAGCGCAGCACGACACCGCCACGUCUCAACUUCCCAUUUCCGCCGAGAACAGCACGCGCGCUCUCCCGGCCGCCCCUGUCCAGCAACUCCCCGUGCAACAGCUCUCGCAGCUGAACAUCAAGAGCGAGCCGACUCCUCCCCCGGAGAAGAAGUCCGAGGCCAUCGGCUACUACGCCAACGCGUCUCACAAUGCCCCUCCGCCAGCUUACCCCUCUGCGCCCACUGCCCCCGUCGGGCCCCCCGUCCUCACCUACGCUUCCGCAAUGUACCAGUACAACGCGCAAGACGCGGGCGACCUUGCGCUCAUGCCCAACGACCAGGUUGCUGUCACAGAGUACAUGAACGCCGAAUGGUGGAAGGGCCGCAACCAGCGCACUGGCGCUGAGGGUAUCUUCCCUGCGAGCUACGUGCGUAAGGACGAGAAGAGCAUGGUGCCUGCAGGUGCGCCGGCACCGACCAACUACGGCAACAUGCCGCUGGAUGUAAGCAACAGCGCGCAGCAGCCGCACGAGCCGAGCAAGGCGGAGCAGACUGGUAAGAAGUUUGGCAAGAAGCUGGGGAAUGCGGCCAUCUUUGGUGCGGGUGCGACUAUUGGAAGUAACAUUGUGAACAGCAUCUUCUAA